AUAUAAGAUGGAAAUAGAGAGAACGGAAAAAAAAAGCCUGAAAAGAGAAGAUGCUGACACAAAAGAUUCACUCGCCUCAAUGAAGAAGAUGCCGGAAAGCAGCGGGCGUUGGUGGGGCUGAUAUGGGUUCAUCUCCUUUCAAUAUAUUUUUCUUAUCUCACAUUAAUUUAGGGGUAAAAUGAAGGAUUUAAUGGCAAAUAUAUUUAACUUGGGUAUAGAAAGAAGUUUUUAAGGUUCAAAUAAAAUUUCCCAAAAAAAAUCUGAUAGAAUUGGGUACUUUGAGGUGAAAAUAAUUAACUCAUUAAAAAGUAAAUUUUGCGUCCGCAAAAACUGACCCUUUUUCUUCGCGUUUCCAAUUAUCCGUGGCAGGCAUAAACCAUAAACCCCAGAAACACUCGGAUCCUCCUCCUCCGCUGUCUCUGCGUUUCUAUGUGUCUCAACCCAACCGAGAGUUGAACUCUCACUGAGAACUCUCUCCGCUCACACCCUCAAAAACCUAAGGAGACGAACUACUAUUCCUCUUUACCCUUCCCAUGGCAUCUGACGCUUCUGCUGCCCUUGCAGAUUUGGCCCGGCAGCUUGAUGAAGGGAAGGAUUUGGCGAAAACUGUGGCUGAUAUUAAGGAUGCCAACAAGCGAGGGGCCCUUCAUUUCGCGGCUAGAGAGGGCAAGUAGUGUGCAAGUACUUGCUGGAGGAACUGAAACUUAGAUGUUGAUACAAAGGACGAAGACGGUGAGACUGCUCUUGUUCAUGCUGCCCCGGCAAUGCCAUACCGAUACUGCAAAAUACCUUCUUGAUUCUGGUGCCAGUCUUGGUACAGCUAGUGAAUUGGGAGCCGCAGCUCUUCAUCAUGCUGCUGGAUUAGGAGACAUUGAGUUGCUGAGGUAUUUGAUUUCCAAAGGUGCUGAUGUUAAUUCACAAAGUGACGCUGGAAGUCCUUUGAUAUGGGCUGCUGGUCAUGGACAACAAGAUGCCACGAAAAUUUUGUUCGAACACCAUGCUAAUCCAAAUGCUGAAAAUGAUGACAGUAUUACUCCUUUGUUGUCAUCUGUUGCGGUUGGUAUUUCCUAUAUGACUUAUAUGACGCGGGAAUGUGAGACCCUCUGCCUUCUAUGGUCAUCAUCCUCAUCCUCCUCCAUUACGAAAGCCUCAUCUCCAUCUCCACCUUUCUCGAGAUUGACCAAUUCUUCCUGUUAUGCCAACAAUCUUUUCUGUUGCUCCUCAAACUGUUUAUACACUCUCUUGAAGAAGUCAUUGUAAGAACUCAAGAUUUGAAAACGAUAAAGAAGGAUUAUGCGCUAAAAAGAAGGAUUGAGUUUGGUGUGAGGAUAAAUGUAGGGAUGCAGGGUUUAUAUGGACAAAAAAAUAAAGAAUGGGGUUCUAGACAAUGUCACGUGGCAUUACGUGAUUGAUUGAAAAUUUUA